AUGGCGUACAGUACGGGUGAUUUGGGGUUUGAAUUUGCGUUUAUAUUGAGCGCUCUGCAACUGUGCUAUACUUCGUCAACCGCAAAAUACAAAAGGGCAAAGGGUUUUACGGUGGUAUCGAUUGCUAGUUGUCAAGAAAUCAUGUCUCAAGUUCCGCUUUCAUCAGCGCAUUGUUCCUGA